AUGUCACGCUCGUCACUCAUUGUCAUGACAACCAGACUGGUCGCCAGCCCCGUCACCAGACUGGUCCCCAGCCCCGUCACCAGACUGGUCCCCAGCCCCGUCACCAGACUGGUCCCCAGCCCCGUCACCAGACUGGUCGCCAGCCCCGUCACCAGACUGGUCGCCAGCCCCGUCACCAGCCCCGUCACCAGCCCCGUCACCAGACUGGUCCCCAGCCCCGUCACCAGCCCCGUCACCAGACUGGUCCCCAGCCCCGUCACCAGACUGGUCGCCAGCCCCGUCACCAGACUGGUCGCCAGCCCCGUCACCAGACUGGUCGCCAGCCCCGUCACCAGACUGGUCGCCAGCCCCGUCACCAGACUGGUCGCCAGCCCCGUCACCAGCCCCGUCACCAGACUGGUCCCCAGCCCCGUCACCAGACUGGUCCCCAGCCCCGUCACCAGACUGGUCCCCAGCCCCGUCACCAGACUGGUCCCCAGCCCCGUCACCAGACUGGUCCCCAGCCCCGUCACCAGACUGGUCCCCAGCCCCGUCACCAGACUGGUCCCCAGCCCCGUCACCAGACUGGUCCCCAGCCCCGUCACCAGACUGGUCCCCAGCCCCGUCACCAGACUGGUCCCCAGCCCCGUCACCAGACUGGUCCCCAGCCCCGUCACCAGACUGGUCCCCAGCCCCGUCACCAGACUGGUAGCCAGCCCCGUCACCAGACUGGUCCCCAGCCCCGUCACCAGACUGGUCCCCAGCCCAGUCACCAGACUGGUCCCCAGCCCCGUCACCAGACUGGUCCCCAGCCCCGUCACCAGACUGGUCCCCAGCCCCGUCACCAGACUGGUCCCCAGCCCGUCUGUAAGCUUCUAG